AUGAAGGUCACCACCAUUCUCGCUGCUUUCUUGCCCGUCUUGGCACUGGCCCAGACCUCGAGCGGCGACACGACGACGGUUACUUCCACCGCUACCCAGACCAAGACCAUCACUCUGGAGCGCGCGCAUACCACCACCAUGACCUACGGCACCGGCAACAGUACUGCGACGUUCAAGCCGACCGGCUCCGUCGUCGCUUCUGCCACUGCCGCGGCCACCGCUGCAACCACCUCAAAAGCCAACGCCGGCGCCGCUCUUAACGCUGGUAACCUGGCUUUCGCCGGUGUCGCUGGUAUGGUCGCUGCUGUCUUGUUGUAA